CUCGGACAAACCCGGAAGUUGUUUGUCUGUUUCCUUCUGGCUGGAAGCGUAAGAGCCGCUCCGACACUUGCAUGUCUCCAGUUUGUCGAUAAAGUUGGCUUCACCCACGGAAGACACGGUCGCCCCGGCUGUGGGCCUUUGUGAGGGGUCGUGCAUGUGCGUGCAUGCGUUGACCAGGUGUCGGGGUGAUGUACUGCGCCUACCAGGACCGGGAGGAGCUGGAGGACGACCUCUACCAAGAGGAUGACGGGGACUCUGAUGGGUCGGAGGCCAACAGUGAGUUGGAGUUCCGCCUCUACAGCCAGCUCCACUACUCCUCCAAUGCUGGGGAGAUGGAGGGGAUGGACGGGGUGGAGGAGGACGGAGAGGAGAAGGACGGAGAGCCUCGGGACGUCCAGAAACAGGAGGUGAUCGAGGAGAUCGAGGAUGCUGACGCAGAGCUAGAGCCCACGUCAGAAAGCCAGCCUCCGUCACCCGCUGCCGAGGAACUCCUGAGAAAGAAGAAGAAGGCGAAAGGAGACAAGCUGGAUAAAAAAAAGAAAGGGAAAAGCGACGCCAAAGGUCAGCAGUUGUCGGCGUCGCUUUUCGAGGAGGUCAUCGUGAUCGACUCGAGCCCUGAUGUCAUCUCCAUCUCCGAGGACGACUCCUCCGACGGCGAUUCGGGCGUCUGCGCCUUGAAGGGUCAAGGCCUGCAUCGGCUGCAAACGUCCACCCCGUCACAACAGGAAACCCGCAAAAGGAGGUUGCCGGUGACCGUUGCCUCCAGCGGCUCAGAAUCAGACUCAUCGGAAUCAGAAGAGUCCGAUUCAGAGUCCGAAUCCGAUUCCUCCGAUUCCUCCGAUUCCUCCGAUUCCUCCGAUUCCUCCGAUUCCUCCGAUUCCUCCGACGUCCUGGAGAGCUGGAUGAUCCUGGGUCGAGGGAAACAAGACGGAGACCAGUCCAUCUCGCUCAACCUGGAAGGAGGGUCCGACGGCAGCGCAGAUGCUGAAGAAGAAGGGGGAAGUUGGUUGGUUUCAGACAAAGACAAAGAGGCUCAGAUCUAUAACAAAGACAAGGGUGCCAGGGUAACAGUGCUGCGGACGUCUAACAGAUACUACACCGACAAGAACGUCCAGUGUAGAAACUGCAACAAGAACGGACAUCUCUCCAAGAACUGCCCCGAUCCCAAGAAGCUGUUGGUGUGCUUCCUUUGUGGCCUCCCGGGCCACAUGGUCAUUGAAUGUCCCAGUAAACACUGCAACAACUGUGGCCUCCCCGGGCACCUCUACGAGUCCUGCUGUGAGAGGGCGUACUGGCACAAACAGUGCCACCGCUGUGGGAUGACGGGACACUUCUUUGACGCUUGUCCAGAGAUCUGGAGACAGUACCACAUUACAACUAAGACGGGUCCUCCGGUGAAGCGGCAGGGAGAGGAUCACGGCCGAUCUCCUGCCUACUGCUACAACUGCUCCAGGAAAGGACACUUUGGACACGCCUGUACCCAGCAGAGGAUGUUCAGAGGGGUCUAUCCCACCACCCCGUUCAUUAACCACUAUGAUACCACGGGCGACAUUAAAAGCAGACAACACAGAACCAAGUUCAAAGUUAAAGAUCUGAAGAAAAACGGCCUUUUUCCCGCUCAGACUCCUCUCACUCCUGGACCCCCGAAGAAGAGGCAAAAAAACAACCACCAGACGCCUCACCAAACACCCGGCCACCACAAACCCAACCCCAACCACAUCUUUUUUAACGACAACCAUGACUUUGGAGGCGCAACGCCCAAAGCAAGCAAAAAGAAUAAGUUUAAGCAACAGGAGCACGCGGGCAGCGCGAAGCCGUGGAAACCUAAGAGACCCGUGCCCACCUCGAGACACCACACGCCAAAUAAGCUCAUUUUGGAUGAAGCGGAGGAUUUUCCCAGAGGAGGGGCUGCAGGAGAGAGCGCUGAGACGAAGAGGAAGAGAAGGAAGAUGAAUCAAAUGAAGCAGGGGCCUUCGGAGGGACACGCGUACCACGCGCCAGACCACUUAUUCUUGACUGUAGGGAGAAAGAGGCAAGGGCCGAAGGGAGAGAAGAAGAAAGGGAGGAAUAGUCGAGCCAAAAAACUUGCACCGAUGUACCCGACGGAUGAGAACCUGUUCAUUAUAAAACAGAGGAAACGCAGAAGAUAGCACCAGUUUGUGCAAAGGUUUGGAUUUCACAGGUUGUGUGAAGAUGAAUGUGACAUUUUGUUGAUAUCAGCUCAUUUUUUUUAGCCUGAUGGGUCAUUUUGACCUGUGACUAUGAAAAGAACAAGAUUAAAAGGUGAAAUUAAUGAGAGCUGUCCUCUGUUUUGCUUCUUCAGUUUCAAAGGGUUUCUCAGUCUAACUCACAAUACAGUCAAAAUAUCCAAGCUGCUUUUUUUUUUUUUUACUGUUUCGCCUUAUGGUCAGAGUACAAAUUGUAACUGUUCUGUACUAAUUGUUCUUUAUUUUCAUGCAGAAGAAGUUACGCUGCAGUGUAACAAGUGUUAAGAGUUCAUAGAGGUAGUGGUGUAUUGGUUUACUGCAGAAGGAUCAUAGGUUUGAAUCUCCCCGUGUCCAAAGCUGAGGAGUCUUGAACAAGUACCUAACACCACGUGCUGCCACUGCUCCAAGUGUUAUUAACAUUGCUGUGUUCACAUUAGUUUCUAUUCACUGCGAAAUUUCCCAACUAAUACCUCUACUCUGAACACAGUUUAAAGUUGUUGCUGCUGUAGCUUUUUGGUGAAUUUUUUUACAAACAAAAUACUCUUGGGUAUCUGUCUUUCAUUUCAAACUGAAGGAAUUACCUUUUUUUGUAAUUUGUAAUUUAUCUAAACUCACAAUCAUGCUGUAAAUACAUUUGUACUGUAUUUAAUGCCAGUCUCACUUCACCAGUUCUGGACAGCAUGAAUCACUUGUCUCCUGACUAUAAGAAAGUGAAUCUGUGAAACAUGAGUGAAGCUCCUUUGUGAUAUGAACACUGGUUAACCAAAGUCUCUGGACAAAAUAAAACGUGAAUUGAC